UAGGUGGGAAAAGUAGAGUGUGAAAUUCAAGGAAACAUUACAUGAAAAGUCAAGGGAGAUUAUUUUUCCAUUCAGCAAAAGAGGGAAAUAUCUGGAAGUUACUGGAAAGGAAAAGGUAAAUUAGAAAGCCACGUAGCGUAGAUAGUGUUCUGGGAGGAAGAAAACAGCUUGAAUAAAGCACUGCUAAACAAGGGAUCAUCCAUAUUUUUUUACCUCCUCAAGAAUAUGAGUUGUGGAAAAGCUCCAUAGAUGUGGGAAAGAUACAACUUGCAAAUCACAGCUGAUUAUGCGUGAGAGGAUCAAGAGUGAAGAAAAACCUUACAUAUACUCUGAAUGUGCCGAAACCUUUGGCCAGAACAACUCCAUUGUGGAUCAUGGAAGAACUCACACAGGAGAGAAGCCCUACAAGUGCUCCCAAUACAGUAAAUGCUUUAGUGAGCAGGGCAACGUGGAUUCACACCAAGGAGAAACCGUUUGAAUGUCCUGUUUGUGGGAAAAGUUUCAGUAAGAAUUCCAGCCUGCUGACACACCAGAGGACUCACCCAGGAGAGAAACUCUGUAAAUAUCUUGAACGUGAGAGUAGUUUUAAUCAGAAUUCUAACCUUGUUGCACACCAGAGAACUCACACAGGAGAGAAACUCUUUGACUGUCCUGAUUGUGACAAAAAUUUCAGUACCAAUUCCAGCCUGGUAAAACACCAGAGGACUCACACAGGCGAGAAACCCUUUGAAUGUCCUGAUUGUGAGAAAAGUUUCUGUACCAAUUCCAGCCUGGUAAAACACCAAAGGACUCACACAAGAGAGAAACCCUUUGAAUGUCUUAUUUGUGGGAAAAGUUUCAGUAAAAAUUCCAGCCUGGUGAUACACCAGAGGACUCACACAGGAGAGAAACCCUUUGAAUGUCCUGAUUGUGAGAAAGGUUUCAGUACCAGGUCCAGCCUUGUGAUACACCAGAGGACUCACACUGGCGAGAAACCGUUUGAAUGUCCUGUUUGUGGAAAAAGUUUCAGUAUUAAUUCCAGUCUGGUGAUACACCAGAGGACUCACACAGGAGAGAAACCCUUUGAAUGUCCUGACUGUGGGAAAAGUUUCAGUACCAAUUCCGGCCUGGUGAUACACCAAAGUACUCACACAGGCGAGAAACCGUUUGAAUGUCCUGAUUGUGAGAAAAGUUUCAAUCAGAAUUCCAGCCUGGUAAUACACCAGAGGACUCACACAGGAGAAAAACCAUUUGAAUGUCCUGUUUGUGGGAAAAGUUUCUUUAGAUAUUCCUACUUCAUUGACCACCAGAGGAUUCACACAGGAGAGAAAGUCUUUGAAUGUCCUGAUUGUAGUAAAAGUUUCAGUUGGAAUUCCAGCCUGGUUAUACACCAGAGGACUCACACAGGGGAGAAACCCUUUGAGUGUCUUGUUUGUGGGAAAAGGUUCAAUCAGAAUUCCAGCCUGGUGAAACACCAGAGGACUCACACAGGAGAGAAACCCUUUCAAUGUCUUGAUUGUGGGAAAAGUUUCAGUUGGAAUACCAGCCUGGUUAUACACCAGAGGACUCACACAGGGGAGAAACCCUUUGAGUGUCCUGAUUGUGGUAAAAGUUUCAGUAACAAUUCCAGCCUGGUGACACACCAGAGGAUUCACACAGGAGAGAAACCCUUUGAAUGUCCUGAUUGUGGUAAAAGUUUCAGUAACAAUUCUAGCCUGGUGAAACAUCAGAGGAUUCACACAGGAGAGAAACCCUUUAAAUGUCCUGCCUGUGGGAAAGGUUUCACUCAGAAUUCCAGCCUUAUUAGCCACCAGAGGAUUCACACAGGAGAGAAACCCUUUGAAUGUCCUGUUUGUGGGAAAAAUUUCAGUCAGAAUUCCCACCUUGUGAAACACCAGAGGACUCACACAGGAGAAAAACCCUUUAAAUGUCCUGACUGGGAAAGGCUUCACUCAGAAUUCCACCCUGGUUGAACACCAGAGGAUCCACACAGGAGAGAAACCCUUUAAAUGGUCUAAUCAUGGAAAAGUUUCUCUCAGAGAUUCCAGUUCGUGGUGCACCAGAGGACUCACACAGGAGAGAAAUCAUAGAAGUGUCCAGACUGUGGGAAAGAUUUCAGUAUUAGGACUAGCCUUCUAAAUCAGCGUUCACCAACUGGUGAUCCAUGGACCACUGGUUGUCCGUGAGAAAAUGCUGUUGGUCUGCAGAAAAUUAUUUGCAUUUUUUAUAUUACACUAAAUCAGGGGUCCUAAAACCAGGGCCCCUGGGAUGGAUACGUACAAUGAAGGCAAAUAUGUCAUGGUAUUAGACUGGAAGGACGAAGGAAACAAUGGCAACAUACCAGUUUGAUAAUGCCUAUCUGGCCAUCAGCUGCAGAAGUUGCUGGAUAUGGGUAGUCCUUGGGUUACGAAUGUAAUGGAUCCUGCCCAUUCCAGGUGUAACUUGAGAAUUCGUGGGAGUGAAUCUCUUACAUUGAACGACAUCACUUCCUGCUUUCACUCUUGCAUGCUUUCUCGCCUCAGAUCAGCCUGAUGAAAUUUCCAGUGCCAAGAAAGCAACCCUCGGAGGAUGCGUCCGGCCUCUCGAAGCUACUUUUUUGUCAGCAAAGCAUUUGUGGAUUGCAUUCCUGUAGGCUUUGGCAGCCCUUUGCAAAAGGGCUUUAAUGAGUACAUCAUAUCGGCAAAGAUGAGGGCAAAACCAGAACUGACUGGGCAAACCCACAUAGUUAAAGUUUUCCAUCCCCCCCCCACACACACACUUAUGCCAGGUCACAUUGUCCAAUGAGACAUCUAGUAUUGUUGUGAGAAAGUCUUUUUUUGGCUGUGGUAAACACUUGCCGAAAUGUCCUUGGUUCCCAUGGCUGGCAUCUUGAUGUCUGGAGCUUUGUUCUAUCUCCUCAAAGUUUUUUGGCAAACUGAGAAGUGAUAAUAGUUGCAUCAGCAAAAACGCCGUUUGAAGCUCGACACGCUCUGCACACUGGAUUCCACCAAAGCAUUGGCAGCCGCUUUCUGAGCAGCCCUGACCUAAAGCAGAACCGCAGCUUAUAUAUCGUCGGCGCACUACAUUACAAAGGUAUAGAAACAGGCAAGCACCCUAUAGAGUACAGCAUGAUGUUGGAAUAUUUUUGAUAAUCCCAUUUGGGAAACCUUAUUAUUGAUCCCUGCAUAGAAACUCAGCAUGGCAGCUAUGAUCUCUGUGAGAGAUAUGGUCAGAGAAUGUAAACACUUUGACCCACUGGUCCAGAAAUUCCUUUUCUGAUUCUUCCCCCAGUGCCCACUCAGGCCCAAUUCAGAUUGUUCUCAAUGUUUACUUGCAACCAUAUUUUAGGCAAUACACAACUAUUGGGGAGCAGGACUUUUUGAGAGGUCUCCGGUGGAUGGGAUGGUGGGCAGGCUUGUCCCGCAGGAUGAGAUGAGGUGAGACGGGGCGGGGCAGCUACACCAGAAAAACAUUGGCCACCACUUGUUCGCCACUCUUUGUGGGUGAGAGGGAUGGUUUCCGGUUGUAGUCGCACCCUACUGGCCCCCUGAGCUGGCAUAUCUACAAUUCCAGAGCCUGCUGCCACCGCCGCCUAAUGGAUCUGAGCGAGCUGCUGGCGGCCUCGGUGGGGUGGCAGCGGCAGCCCACAGUGGUGCUGAGGUGCAUCAGGUGUGCGAGGGGAAAUAUAUAUAUAUAUAUUUUUACAUUUAUAUCCCGCCCUUCUCCGAAGACUCAGGGCGGCUUACAGUGUGUAAGGCAAUAGUCUCAUUCUAUUUGUAUAUUUACAAAGUCAACUUAUUGCCCCCCCAACAAUCUGGGUCCUCAUUUUACCUACCUUAUGAAGGAUGGAAGGCUGAGUCAACCUUGGGCCUGGUGGGAUUCGAGCCUGCAGUAAUUGCAGGCUGCUGUGUUUUAAUAACAGGCUAUCUUACAGCCUGAGCCACCACGGCCCCUUUUUCAUUUGAAAAAAAAUGAUUUUCCAAAGCACUUGAAGGCAAGACAAGGAACAAUGGAAUAUAAUGAAGGAGAGAAGCAACGUGGAAUUAAGGAGAAACUUCCUAAUAGUGAGAAAAAGGACCCUCCCAACUCAAUUAUUCUGUAGUGGAUCUAUCAACAAGGUCCACCACAGACCUUGUUGAUGGGCAACAAGAUCAGACUGAUGUGCCUCUGGUCUUUUCUGGGUUGUUGUUUUAUUUCUGUUUCUAGCUAACAAGUACAGUGUUUCCUAUUGGUGCCCCCAUCCGUGUAUUAACCAGGUUCAACUGCUUAACACAGCAUUUUUUUUAAACAAUAGCUGUUGAACGUU